AUGUCGGUGGUGUCGAACUACUUCUCAGCUCGGGAAACCCUACCAGAGGACGAACCUCCGUUGUGCAUCGCAGUUCGGCGCCCAGAGUCACUUCCACGCCACUACGAAACGGGUUUUCAUCACAAGCUCACGAAGCAAGAGCUAAAGUAUGUGUUUGGCGUUGACGAACAUCAUCAGGUUCCGAAAUACCAGGUGAUUAACACCAGAAGGGUGCGGAAAGAGGAAGGAGGGCUUCAGAUACGGUUUUCUGCCUGGGAUGAUGACUUUGUGCUCGACCUAAAACCUUAUCGCCUUGUUAGCCCUCAUAUAGCAAAAAUUCAACGCAACUAA